AUGCGCUUCACCACCACCCUCACCACCCUCACCACCCUCCUCCUCACCACCCUCUCAACCGCCCUCCCAGCCAACCCCAUAAUCCGCCAAACCACCUGCCCCCGCCUCCACCCGCCCUCCACCCCACGCCUCAACCUCCUCAACCGCCCCGACCUCGGCAUCACCACCACCCAAACCCUCACCUUCACCCUCCCCGUCCCAGACAACACCCCAGCCGACAUCAACAACAACACCCCGCUCCCCGGCGGCCCCUGCACCCUCCGCGCCGUCUUCCCCCCACACUGGGAAGUCAUCGACACGAGCGCCCAGGCCGGCGGCGCGCCGCUGGCCGUGGACGUGUACGCCGUGGACGGGCCGGCGGCGGGGGCGCUGGUGGGGACGGUGAGCUUUGCGGUGGACGCCGGGGGCGAUGAUAUGGGCAGGGAGAGGGUGGUGGUGGUGAAUUCGUUCGCGUGCCGGGAGAGGAUGGCGUACAGGUUUGAGCUGGCUGGGGUUGGGGAGGUGGGGUUUGUGAAUGGGUUUGAUGAGGGGUUGGGGGUGGAGGGGGGUUUGGAGAUGGUUGUGGGUUGUUAA